CUCGUGUCCAGGCGCUCACGUCUCCCGACCCUUCGGCGGGCCUCAGGCUGCUGCGGGAGCCCAGCCGCUUCCCUGUGCUUCCUCACCCAGGCCCCUCCCCGCACUCCCGGGCCUGAGCGGACCCCUCGGGUCGCCCUGCGACUCUCCACUCCCCUCCCUGGACCUCAGGCCCUUCCCCCGCACUCCCACUGCCCUCCAGGCCCCCGUCUGCUUCCCCACUGCUGCCGCGGACCUCAGCCCCCGCUCCUGGACCCUCAGUGCCUGCCCAGGUCCCUGCCUGGACCCUAGGCUUGCUCCUCCCUGACGGGCAGGGACUUGCGCCUUCUCCGCCUGUCCAAGCCCGGCUGUGGACCCCUAGGCCCCCCUCCACCUCCUCGGGACCUGCCCUCGACUCCAGGGCUCCACUCUGGCCUUCGCGAGGUCGUCCCUGACGCCCAGGCCUCCCCGGCGUGCUCCGGGUCCAGCAGGCACCCCCGGCCCUCUCCCGGCCCCAGCGCCCCUCUGUGCAGUCUGUGUAUUUCGUCUUUACCCACAUGCCUCUCUGCAGCUUCCGCUCGGUCCGGCGCCCUCUCUGAGCGCCCCCUCCUUCAUCCCCAGCCUUCCUGUCUUUUCUAGAACCCCUUUCCCCCAGCUCUAGCUGCUGAUCCCUCUUCGACUCCCCCUCCCCUGCGGUCCCCCAUGGACUGUCCCUGAAGCACCGCGGUCUGGAUGGUCUGGAUGCCCAGCCGGCCCUCCGCCGCCGUCAGGAUGAGACUGGAGACCAAAAGGCUUGCCAAAUUCCGUGCAGCUCAGAAGUGGGAGUCCCGGGGCGCUGCCCCUGCCCCUCCAUUGCCCCCUCCACUCUGGGCCAGAGGCAGCAUGGUCCGUGGGGCACCAUGGGACCCGACAGAGUGACAGCCAGAGAGCUGUGUGAGAACGACGACCUUGCCACCAGCCUUGUCCUGGACCCCUACCUCGGCUUCCGUACCCAUAAGAUGAACGUCAGCCCCGUGCCCCCGCUGCGGCGACAGCACCACCUGCGCUCAGCGCUGGAGGCCUUCCUGAGGCAGCGGGACCUGGAGGCUGCGUACCGGGCCCUGACGCUGGGAGGCUGGAUGGCCCACUACUUCCAGAGCCGGGGCCCUCGGCAGGAGGCUGCCCUCAAGACCCACAUCUAUCGCUACCUCCGAGCCUUCCUGCCUGAAAGCGGCUUUACCAUCCUGCCCUGUACACGCUACUCCAUGGAGACAAAUGGAGCCAAGAUCGUGUCUACCAGAGCUUGGAAGAAGAACGAGAAGCUGGAACUGCUGGUGGGCUGCAUCGCAGAGCUGCGGGAGGCGGACGAGGGGCUGCUGAGGGCUGGGGAGAACGACUUCAGCAUCAUGUACUCCACCCGGAAACGGAGUGCACAGCUGUGGCUGGGCCCUGCAGCCUUCAUAAACCAUGACUGCAAACCCAACUGUAAGUUCGUGCCCGCAGAUGGGAACGCGGCCUGCGUGAAAGUGCUCCGGGACAUCGAGCCAGGGGACGAGGUCACCUGCUUCUACGGGGAGGGCUUCUUUGGGGAGAAGAACGAGCACUGUGAAUGCUACACGUGUGAGAGGAAAGGCGAAGGAGCCUUCCGCCUGCGGCCCAGGGAGCUCCUGCCCCCACGGCCCCUGGACAAGUAUGAGCUCCGGGAGACCAAGCGGAGGCUGCAGCAGGGCCUGGACGGCGGUGGUCGCCUGCUGGGCCCCAGGGCCUGUGCUCACCUCUCCGCGCUGCGCCGGGACCCGUUCUGUGCAGCCUGCCAGCCCUGCUGCCCUCUGCCCUGCGGUGCUCGCCCGGAAGCCUCGCCCCUCUGGCUCCAGUGGCUGCCGCAGCCCCCACUCCGAGUGCGACCCCGCAGGCGCCGACGCCCUCAGCGGCGGCGGGCCCCAGCGCCCCCCGUUCUCCGCGCUGCCCGCGUCUCCCUGCACCAGUGGGGCGGCUGUGGCCCCCGCUGCUGCCUGCGUGCAGAGGCCCUGGUGGCCCUGGGCCCAGCCCCCCGUGCCCACUGGGCCCCUCAGCAGGACUGGCACUGGGCCCGGCGCUACGGGCUGCCUUACGUGGUGCGUGUGGACCUGAGCCGGGUGGCUCGGGCCCCACCUGCCACCCCUGCCCUGGCCAGGACCCCAGGCCCUGCCCCCAUCCCCAAGCAGGCCCUCGCCUUUGCCCCCUUCUCCCCACCCAAGCGCCUGAGGCUGGUGGUCAGCCAUGGCUCCAUUGACCUGGACAUCAACAGUGACGGGCCGUGACAGGCUGGACAGGGAGGCCUCAGGCCAGGAGAGGAAGGAGUCUCUCCUCGCCCCCCUCCUCCCGAGCCCCAAGUUCUUGGGGACUCACUGACCUCUAGAAGGAGCCAUUGGCUGGCCCUAGGCCCCAGCACAGUUCUGCCCUGGGCUGGGCUGGUUUGGGGACACCCGGGGGUGUGACCCCUGACCCUUUGUGACUGCUGUCCCCUGAGCCACCCCCACCCCAGCAGGGUACCGUGGCCACUGCUGCCCUCCUACCCCAACUCCAGCCUCAGGACUGUGGGAGCUGCUCCCUUCCCCACCCACCUCCUUCCUGCCCAGGGAGCAAAGCCAUAAGGGGUAGGGGCCGCCCCGUGGCAUCUCCCCAGAAGCCCAGGCCUCAGGAGGCAACAGAGCUGACCCAGGGUGGCACUGCCUAGAGACAGCAUGACAGAGGGGGGAGGAGUGGACUUGCUCCUGGCUCCGCGACUGUCUGAGGCAAGGGGCUGUCUGGGACACGUCCUCACCAGCUGGGGGGGGGUCUCAGGGAGGCCGGAUGCGACCUCAUCUUUCUCAUGGUGCUAUCCCUGGUGCUACUGGGGUGUGGGGGGGGUCCCUCCCCUCCCCCACACCAGAAUGGGGUAUGUUGGGGGAUUGGAAGCACUUGAACUUUUUAUUUUAUUAAAACCUUGUUAUAAGCAGC